AUGUAUACCCUUGCAAAGGGCUUCUACCUCUAUGCGACAAGUAAAGAGGAGUACUCCGUGUUACUUCUCGGCCUCGACAAUGCAGGCAAAACCACCCUCCUCGAAAAGAUCAAAUCCAUCUACCUCCCCUCGGGCCCGGCACCUCCCAAAAUCGGUUCUACAAUCCCGACCGUCGGCCAAAACGUCUCCAUCAUCCCCCUACAGAACCCCACAGUGUACCUAAAGCUUUGGGAUAUCGGCGGUCAAUCGACGCUUCGGAAGCUAUGGAAGAGCUAUUACUCCUCAGCGCACGCGAUCGUCUUCGUCAUCGACUCCACCGACGUGCCUCGGAUAGAGAGCGAGGUUGUUGCCACGCUACGAGAGGUCAUAGAGAGUGAGGAGACUGAGGGGGUUCCGGUUCUGGUGCUGGCAAACAAACAGGAUCGCGAUGAGAGCCUGGAGAUUGCCGAGCUGAAGGAGGUUAUCAAUCCGGUUGUUGUGCAACUGGGCGCGAGGGAUAGUCGGGUGCUGCCGGUGUCGGCUUUGGAGGGGACGGGUGUCGUGGAAGCCGUGGAAUGGUUGAGGACGAGGGUUAUGUGGAACAAGGAGGCGAGGCCGCCGACAAUGCGGUGA